GGUUGAAGAUGCUGUUCUUAAAUUCAAAAACUUGCAUGCUCAGCUGGAUGUGACACUCUCAUCUGUACCAUGUGAGAAGCUUAUUAAGCUCUCCUGCAAAUUACUCAAGGUGCAUACCGCACUCAAUAUAGUCGAUCAGAUAAUUGAUAAGGGGUUGUCUAUGACGACAGAGACAUUUAAUGUCAUACUAGAUGCCUGUGAAGGUAGCUGUGAGUAUAAUUUGGAAACUCAUCAUAGUCAGCGGCUCAGAUAGUUCAAGUUCUCGACUCUUCUUGCUUAGUUUGUGCACAUUAACCAGUUUUUGCAUCCAACAAUGUACUCGGGAGUGACCCAUUUUGUUGCAAUAAUCACAAUGUGAAAACAAGUUCGCCGGAUGCAUUCAAUCACAAUAAGUUUCCACAAUCUCAAGCCUAAUGAAAAGACUUUUUGCAAGUUGAUAAAUUUGAGUGUAAAAAUGAAAGAUUUUGACAGAGCAUACCGAAUUAUCAAGGACUUGAGGAAGUUUAAUUUGUUGCCUACGGUUAACAUGUACAAUGCCAUAAUGGCAGAAAGACUUCCAUGGUGGAUUGAUGGUUUUCAAACAAAUGGAAGACGCCAAUGUGAAACCAGACUCUCAAAGUUUUAGCUACCUGAUAAACAAUUGCAAGAGUGAACAGGAUAUAAACAAGUUUUUUAAUGAGAUGAAACAUGCUGAAGUUCAUGUCACAAAGCACGUUUGUAUGUCCCUUAUAAAUGCACAUGCAGCUUGUGGACAGUUUAUGAAGGCUAAGCAGGUGAUCUCAGAUGGAAGGGUACCCAUAAAGAGCUUAAAUGAAGUCAAAAGUGUGCUUGUUUCUGCUCUUGCCUCACAUGGGCAAGUAUCUGAUGCACUUGAUAUAUAUGAAGAAAUAAAAAAAAGUAAAGGCAAUCUGGCACCAAAAGCAGUUAUUUGCCUUAUUGAGCAUAUGCAGUGUGAAGGAAAUUUAGAUAGAUUACUUCAUCUGCUUGGUGAGUUAGAAGAUAAAGAUUAUUGGGUUGAUGCGGCCUUCAGAAUUAUAUCAUAUAGCAUUCGGCACGAACACUUCGGACCUAUCAUGCACUUGCUUAAGAAACUCAAGGACAUUUACUGCAAUGAUGAGGUGGCUAGACAUAUUCUUUUUGAUGAGAUAUUUUUCCUUGUGGUGGAAAAAGAUCCAAUAGACUUGGAGCUCGGCUGGAAUAUGCUUCAAGCUAUUAAGCACGAGUUAGGUGUUAUCCCUUCCCGCAAGAGCCUUGAUGUCCUCCUUAGUGCAUGUCAGAGCUCCAAAGAUAUAUCAUUUUGCUUCAAGAUUUGGGAAGAGUACCAGAAAGCUGGUCUUCCUUACAACAUACUUAGUUAUUUGAGGAUGUACCAAGUUCUUUUGGCCUUCGGGCUACUAGAACAUGCGACAACAUUACUAAGUAACAUUCCACAUGAAGAUCCACAUAUUUGCUACGUCAUCAACGCAUGCCAAACAGCUUACACAAAUUCUCAAGAUAAAAUGAAAGGUUUUGCCGUAUGAACUUUGCAGAGCUAAUUGAUAUUCUAUGUUCUUUUUGGGGAUUACUAUAACGAAUAGGUUGCCUAUGCAUUGAACAACUCCAGUGAGCAUUCUAUCAACUUCAGUUUCCUCUAACGCCUUCAGGCUUUUUUGUGAAGUCCAUGAUCACAAGCCCGCAUAACUCAGGCUUUGCAAGGCCAAUUCACGAUUCAUCAGUCCCUCACGGUUUUUGGAACCCGAUUCUGACUUUGUUAGUGUAUGUUAGAUUCCAUUAUAUGUAUAGUCAAUAGUCAAACAAAAAUAUACUCCUUUUGUAACUUUAACCUUUGACUCUAGUGUCGGAUUUAGGGUAUUCAAGUGACGUUAGAAAGCUUCUCAUUAUUGGGGUUUAGAAGCUUAACUGCUAAAGAUUCAAAGGUAACUUUUGUACGACACUUAAAUUAUUGAAAUCAAAUACCCGAGUAAAUAGUUCGAGUUAAU